AUGGAGCCCGGGCCGUCUACAGGCUCCAGGCCGGCCGGACCGGGGCCUUGCCUGAACGACCCAGGCGGCGCCUGUCAGGCGACCUCGGCCUGCUCGCUGCGCCCCGCCGGGGCCGAGCCGGGGUGCAGCGUGGCAGCCGUGCUGCCGGCGGGCGGGUGUGGGGAGCGGAUGGGCGUCCCCACCCCGAAGCAGUUCUGCCCCGUCCUGGAGAGGCCUCUCAUCAGCUACACCCUGCAGGCCCUGGAGAGGGUAUGCUGGAUAAAGGACAUUGUUGUGGCAGUAACUAGAGAGAACAUGGAAGCAAUGGAGGAUAUUAUCCAGAGGUACCAGCAUGAACGCAUUUCACUAGUUGAAUCUGGAGUGACCAGACAUAGGUCAAUUUUCAAUGGACUAAAAGCAUUGGCAGAAGUUGGGUCCAACUCUAAGCUCUCUAAGCCAGAAGUAGUGAUUAUCCAUGAUGCUGUGAGACCAUUUGUGGAGGAAGAUAUCCUACUUAAAGUUGUCACAGCUGCUAAAGAACAUGGGGCUGCCGGAGUGAUCCGACCUCUUGUCUCUACUGUCAUCAGUCCAUCUGCCGAUGGUUGCUUAGACCACUCACUGGACCGUGCCCAACACAAAGCAAGUGAAAUGCCACAGGCUUUUCUAUUUGAUGUGAUCUACGAAGCAUACCAGCAGUGUAGUGAUCAUGACUUGGAGUUUGGAACUGAGUGCUUACAGUUGGCUCUGAAGUAUUGUCACACCAGAGCCAAGUUGGUGGAAGGAUCUGCUGACCUCUGGAAGGUGACCUACAAGCGAGAUCUGUAUGCAGCUGAAUCAAUUAUUAAGGAACGAAUUUCACAACAGAUUUGUAUAGUUAAGGAUGCAAAAGAAGAUGAAGAAUAUGUAGAUCUUCUUGAAGAAAUGCUAAAACGGGACUUAAAACAUGUAAAUGUGACAUCUGGGGCAUUGCAUCAUUCUGAUGGAAAUCUUCAGCAAGUCGUCUUGCAAAAAUGUUACAAUUUUGUUUGUGUAAAUGCUCAAAACUUUGAUUUUCAAGAAACCCAGAAGUUACUGCUCAUGCUUGAGGAGAGCCGUCUUUCCAUAUUAUACCCUGUUGUGGUGGUCUCGGUUCAUUUCCUUGAUUAUAAUUCAGUACCUUUUGGAGGGAAAAUGGAAAGCUUACUGAGAAUUAGAGAAUUUGCAAAAGAAGUGAAAAAGAGAAAUAUUUUAUUGUACAGCCUCCUCAUAUAUUACUCACAGGAUAAACUCAAGCUACAGGAGAGUUUAAGACAAGGAGCCACCAUUAUUGAUACCUUAAUCAAAGAAAGAAAUCCUGGACUCAUUGGUCAACUACUAGUAGCAUGA